GGUACAGUGGCAAGAUGGCUGCAGAGGAGCUAGAUGUUGAUAUAGAGGGUGAUGAAUAUGAAUUGAAUUCGAGUGACAUUAACGGUGCAACCUCCGGCUUCCUGCAGGAUCACUAUUUACACUCAGCAUGGAGACCAAGCCCUGGUGUAAUACCCUGGAUGUUAGAUAGCUCCAUCAGCGAUGAGAACCGGGUGGUCAUUGAGAAUAUGCUGCUUGAAGAAGAAUAUUAUCUAACAGAUAAGGAGCUGCCCCAGAACUUAUGGACCAGUGAUAAGCAAGGAACUGAAAAAGAAAAGAGGUCACCAUUGAAAUCAUCCACCUCCCUGAUUCGCUGGACACAAGAGGAAAAAGACAUUUUUGAAAAAGGACUGGCUCAGUUUGGCCGGAGGUGGACUAAGAUUGCCAAGCUGAUUGGUAGCCGCUCUGUUCUGCAGGUGAAGAGCUAUGCUAGGCAGUACUUUAAAACCAAGGCUAAAACAGACAACCCCUCUGAAGACAGAAGCAGCCAAGAGAUCCCAGGUGUCUCUUCCGGUGAUGGGUCAGAGAGCGAGUCUCGCCCCGCUUCGUUCUGUGAAGCUCAGGUUGACGCCCACCUCAACACAGUGAGGAUCGAGAGGUUGUCGGACGAUGAAGACGUUGAUAUCACCGACGAUGCUGAUGGAGAUGCACGCCUUCAGCUCUCUGAUGUGGAUGGAGAGACCCUGGAGGAGGGAAGCGCACACACUGCGAGCUGUGUGGAAGCUGAGGAGGUCCAGCCUAGCACCGUGACAGUUCCCCUCUCUGCUGUGGAGCAUGAAACCUCCUCUGCUUGUUAUGAAGUUCAUGAUGCAGGUGGAGGUCAUCUUUCUGGGUUAACCCCAACAGCAGCUUGCGAAGGACAAACAGCUCUGUCAGUAGAACUCGACUCUGGCCCCAGUCCUGACUGCAUGUCCAGAAAGGAAGGUGCUGAUCUGCUGGAAUUGAGCCCUGUGAAGCCUGAUGAAGAAAACAAGGGAGACGGAGUCGUUGUGCAGUCGCUACCUGAGCAUGAAUUGAGCGAGGGGACAGCUCAGUCAGAGCAGGUUCCAGGUGCUGAUUAUGAGAGCCCUGAGGAGGAGGAGGUGGAGGAGGAAGAGGAAGAGAUGCUAAAACCACCCGAAAAGGAAGCAGAAAUAGACAAAAGCGCCAUCAUUGAAGAGGAGAAGCAAGCCAUCUCUGAGUUCUUCGAGGGGAGAUCUUCAAAAACACCAGAGCGCUACCUCAAAAUCAGGAACUACAUCCUGGAUCAGUGGGAGAAGUGCAAACCGAAGUACCUGAAUAAAACCUCAGUCAGGCCUGGUUUGAGGAACUGCGGAGAUGUUAACUGCAUUGGGAGGAUCCACACAUACCUGGAGCUGAUAGGAGCGAUAAACUUCGGCUGUGAACAGGCAAUCUAUAACAGACCUAGACUGGUGGAUAAAACACACUUUAAAGAAGGAAAGGACACAAUGGAAGCUUACCAGCUGGCUCAGAGACUGCAGUCAAUGCGCACCAGAAAGCGCCGCGUUCGGGAUAUGUGGGGUAACUGGCGCGACGCCAGAGAUCUAGAAGGACAGACCUACGAGCACCUUACUGCCGAGGAGCUGGCCAAGAGACGAGAAGAGGACAAGAAAAGGCUUCCAAAACCCCCAAAGGUCCCGCGCCAGGCCAAAAAUUCAUUUGACCCUUUCCAGCUGAUCCCAUGCCAGGCCUUUGGAGACGACAAACAGGAACCAUUCCAAGUGCGGGUGUCCGGAGAAGCCCUUGUUGUAAUGGAUAUGCAUGCACAUGUGUCCAUGGCAGAGGUGAUUGGCCUGUUGGGAGGAGGGUAUUCAGAAGGUGAGAGAGUCUUGGAGAUCUGCGUGGCGGAGCCCUGCAACAGCCUGAGCACCGGGCUGCAAUGUGAGAUGGAUCCAGUGUCCCAGACCCAGGCUUCUGAAGCUCUGGCUGGGAGGGGGUACAGCGUGGUGGGGUGGUACCACUCCCACCCUGCCUUCGACCCCAAUCCUUCACUACGAGAUAUCGACACCCAAGCAAAGUUUCAGAGUUAUUUUUCUCGAGGAGGUGCUCAGUUCAUUGGAAUGAUCGUCAGUCCGUACAAUCCCACAAACGCCUCUCCGCAUUCCCAGGUCACCUGCCUCAUUGUCAGCGAGGAGCUCGGCUCAGCUGGAGCUCAUGGUCUUCCAUUUAAGUUUGAAAUACAGCAGUCCCCAGAGGAACCUCAGUGGUCCCUUGUUUUGAAGAAGGCGGAGUGGAUAAUUGAUAAAUACAGGCUGUCCCGUGGCAGCAUACCAAUGGACCGCAUUUUCCACAGAGAUUCCAAUCUUUCCUGCUUAGAAAAAAUGCUGGCAUCGAUGAGAAACUCCCUGGAAAGCCUCUGCAACGACACAGCCACUGAGGGAUUCUUAGCCCAGAUUGAAACCCUGUUCCUGGACACGUUUGCUGCCGAAAAUAGGAACAGUGCUGUACUCUCUGCAGAAGAACCUGAAACCAUGUGUCCUUUUGAACAGACAUCCGUCUAGUUCCAGGGAUGUACAGUACUGUUAUUUGUCUUUUUUCACGGUUACUUCCUGUAUUUAACAAAAAUAAAUAAUCUGUAUGUAUUGGAGAUUUCAAACCUCAAGUGUUUACUUGCUGUGUUUUAUUUACAAAGGCACUGGUUCCAGUUGCAGUGUUACCCAGUAGAAAGAUACAGAUUUCUUUCCUGUAUUUUGUAUAUAAAGUUUGAUUAUCUAGCCAAAGUACAACUGCUUUAAGUAUACCAAUAAAACAUUUUAAAGCAUGUAUGACUGCACUGAUCUUUUUUUACAGUGUCAGUUUCAGAGAUGGCUGUUAAUUUGCACGGGGCUAUUGAUGUGAACCUGCAGGGAUGUAAGCUGUUGUAUAGCAGUCCAAGCCAUUCCAGGCUUCACUUUGAGCUUAGACACGUGAUAGUGUGACCUCUAAGAUAUGGAGUGUCUCCAACUGCUAUGCAAUGGUAAAGGUAUUUCCAUUUCCAUGUUAAGGGGACUGAAAACCAAGCAGUCCUCAAUUCAGGGUUAAUAUACGAGACCACGACACUGCCAUCUAGUGAAAGCUGAGGGAAAUGCAUUUGACUCCUAUAUUAAAUCUACUACAGCAUAGGGUUUACUCAUAAAGGUAAUAAACUUAACCAUGCACAGUACAAUAAGCACUUAAGAGUUUAAUGCCCUAAUCUCUAUUAACAAAAGUAACAAAAACAAGUAUCUCUGUCAACAGUUAUGUUUGUUUCAUAAUAUACAACUGUAUAAUACUGAAGUGAAAAACUUUCUCAAUAGAUCUGAUAGAUGACUGAACAUCCUUGCAUUGCAGGGCAUGGACACAUCUCUAUACUCUAGACAGGCUCACAAUACAUACUCAAUUUAAUUGCAUUUGUUUUCUACAGGUAUUGACGGCAUGCAUGGUAGUGGUUCCUUUCUGCAUUUAAAAAUAACUUAAUUUCAUUAUACCUGCUUUAACUAAUCAAUAACCCCUAUGCCAACUGCCUAUAUUAAAAAUAAUAGUAAUAAUAAUUUACUUAUUUGGCAGAUACCUGCAUGGACCUCUCAGAACUACAU